AUGGGCAUCGACAAUGGAGCGCCGUUCCUGCGCCAAUCAAUCGCCAAGGAGCCUCGCAGCCUCGUGGGCACGGCCACCGACCCGGCUCGACUCCUGCCGGCCAUCGAUGGUGACAAACCCAAAGGUAGCUUGUGAACUUUCUGCACCGUCACUCGAACAAAUCAAAGAGCUUACCUACUUUGCGCCUCUCGGUUGCUUUCACCACGGCUCUUAGUUCUCCUUAUCGAUGCGUCCACCGCGUUUCGCGACAACUGGAUCUCGACUGCCGGCAGGAGGCACCGUGGCCGUUCUUUCAUCGACAUCGUGAUCGCACGCCUCAAGGUUCUAAAAGAAGAACAAUCGUCUCUACAAGUCGUCGUCAUCCUCGACAAUGCGAAAUGGCGGCCCAAGCUCAAGGAGGCGACGGCUAAAGAGCGUGCCGAACGAUCGAGAAUCGCGCCGGACAAUGUCGACGUCCGCUUCGACGACUUUCGCACAAAGCCGAUCUGCUUGUCCUCGGAAGAGGUACAGGUACUCCAAGAACGUUUACCCCAACCUUCGGCGCCCAACGUCAACUCGGAUCAGGUCCAUGUGUGGCGAGUUGGCUCGGGCAUAACUUUCGUCAUGGCUCGCACUGAAGCGGACACCUACAUGUGCGCAUCGGCGCGACGUGGCCACAUCAUCGACGUGCGGCUCGACCCUCAAUCCACUGUUCUCUGGUCAGGGGACACUGAUUGGAUCUACGGCCUCCCUGCGCGCUUCUGUCGCUGGCGAAUCUACGAGGAGCGAACGCCGUUGAAACUCGCCGAGGAGCUGAAGGAUGUUUCGCUCGACACCCUCGUCGUGGAUGAGUCCUUCGUAGCGCAAGCCGGCGGUACGAGGACCAAGAGGAAGAUAUUUUUACUCGUGGACCUUUUGGAGCUGAGGCAGUGGGGCACAGACGAGGCGCUGGUCGUGGCGGGGAUCGUCGCAGGAGGCGACUAUCUCAGCGGCGGGCUCCCUGGCAUCGGACUCCACCGGACGUUCGAAAAGUACAAGUUCUGCCUCUCGUUCGAAUUCUGGCAAGCUCCUCUCGAGACGAUUCACGAAGCCUUCAAAGGCUACCUCGAGAACAAGUCGUCGAGGACGAAGCGCGUCGAAGGUAUCCAACGUGCUCGGAACGAGAUGGCCGCGAUCCAUGCGCUCGUGGCGAACGACACCGCCGAGCGUUUCGACCGGCUCAAGGCACGGAAGGCAUCUACCACCACACGCAACAUCCCCCUCCGUGGCUUCAGGACCCCUUGGGGUGCACCCCUUCCCAGAGCGACGCCCUUUCCACCGCAAGCUCCGGUUCCACCCCCGCAGAAGACUCGACCCUUGUUCUCCACCACCUCCGCAAGCCCACCCGCCAGCUGGCUUCUUUCUCCCCCCCCGAUACCCCUAGCACCCACUCUCGCCGCCGUGACGACCGUCGUCACCGCUUCGGGUGUCCUCGCCGGACCUGCCACUCUCGCUGCACCUCCACUUCCCUCCGCGCAACCACCCUCCCUCGCAGCGGCCAAGCUCUUCCUCAAGCAGCCCCGCAAGAAGAUGACUACGCUGCGUUCGCAAGCAUGGCAGGCUUUGGGCGCGCGCCCUGACCUUCGGAAGGAGUACCUUAAGGUGGUCACGAAGGUGAGGCACUGCCGGGAGAAGCUGGGCGCCCAAGUCGCUCGAGUACGAAGUCCUCUGUACCGAUCCGUCAUGGGAUACCAUGCAUGGAGGUACAUCGACACCACGAGGAUGGAGACCGGUCCGUUGCUCAAUCGAAGCAAGUCCAAGCCGGGCGGCGAGCGCAGACUGCAGCGACCCGCACCUCCUGUGUUGGAUUCGUCGAGUGAUCGUGAUCUCGAUGUCGACGAUCACGAUCUCGGCUCGGAGGACCGGGCUUCGGGCAUGGGCGGCGGCACCUUGGACGAGGAGGAGGACGAGGAUGAUGGCGAUGAUGAUGAUGAUGAUGAUGGGCAAGAGGACGAGUUCGGAGAGGACGAGUACGGGGAGGAUGAAAUCGGGGAGAAUGAGGUCGACGAGGGGGAGCCGAAGCCAGAUCCCAUCACUGCUCCUCAUGACGACGACUUCCAGGAUGCGGGCGAAGCCGAGGACGAGGGCGAAGGAGGGGGUCAAGAGGGUCAAGGCACGCCGGCAGGCAAGGAGUAUCAUGCUCCUGUUCGACACCGAGGGUUGCGGGCGAGCGUGCGCGAGAUUCUUCCGCCCCUAUCACCCGACCAACCGGAAACAGACAACCAGCGAUGGAAGAACACGUUCUCCUCGCUUAUGCGUCUACAAACGCUCGCGCGAGAGCUCGAGUUCAAAGUCCUGAACGCAGUCUUGGUCGACUACCUCAAUGGAUGGACUCAACGCGACUGGCACGAAAUCGCGUCGAACGACUCAGCCCUGGUGACGAGGAUGCGUGCCGUUAUCCAUGCGCUCCAGCCUCACGAUUCCAUCGCGUUAUCCCGUGUCUCAAAGAAGCCGGCGCAGCUCACAGCAAACGUGUCGGUCGACCUCGCAACGAUGACCCCGGCGGAGUAUGGUCGGCACGUCGAACAUUUCGAGGGAGCCGCCAAUGAUGAUGGUUCGCUUCUGUACAACGCGGUAAGUCGACUAGUCUGCGAGUUCAGAGAGAGAUGGAGGAGCUGACUCGUCGACUCGGAAUCACUUAUUUUGCGGCGGUGAUGUAGGCUUCAGGGUUGCUGGUCUCGGCCGUCAAGGAACUUCGAGCGAAAGGAGUCUUCCUCCCCCGCUACAAGAUCGACUCGACCUACUACCAAAACGUGGCCGAGCGUUAUGCGAAGGAUAUCCUUGGAUGGAAAGAUCGAGGUGAUUACGUUCUCGCCACCUACGCCCUGCACAUGUUCGAGUCUCGUGACAUCGAAUCGGCGCUUUCGCCGCUCGACCCGGACGACGAGUUCCGUCAGCCCAAGGGGCGCAAGCGACUGCUCGACUGUCUCGUCACCGCGCUCUCAGAGGUCCCAUUUCCCUGGCGCUCCCAUCGAGCGGACCUCGAGGCGUUGGUGGCCGGGAUCGCCAAAGACCAGUCUGAUCCCGACCACGAACACCUCCGCACGGUCAUGCGAGCGUGCAUGCAAGAGGCAUGUGGCGCACAGGACCAGCGAAUGCGGUGGGCCUUUGGGCGCGAUCGAGCCACCGCCACUCGUCUCGUCGGCGGCAAGCUCUCCGAUUUUGGGCCCGGCGGCAGGCUGAAAAACCCGAUCGCGCUCCUGCCCGUCUACCACCAUCUCCUCAUCGAGUCUGGACAUGGCAGGGGCAUAGUACCCGUGAGUCCGGCACUCGACAGCUGGCACUCUGCCACCCCAGCCAGUGUAGCGAUCGAGUGCUGACCUUGACUGCGUUGGGGAAUCUGUUUGAUGUUCGGACAGACCGAGGGCAAACGCCCUUUUGUGAACUGUUCGCCGGGGUAUCUCGGCACGAUCCUCACGUACCCCGUCUCGCUCGUCCGAACGCAGCUCGACUGGUUGAACAAGCUUCUUGCUGCGUCUGUCGUCAAUGACGUAUCGGAGCCCGCGGGUAACGUCGCAAGUCCGACUCACUUCCCCGUCCUUCGAGCGUUGCUAGGAAGAGGGUUCAACCUGAUCUUCACGACAUCUAAGGACGAGAAGACGAUGCACGUCAAACCGGAGUGGGCUCGUGACGCAGUGGCCGGCGUCAAGGCGCUGCAGCACCUCUGUUUCUGCCGAUCCGUGGCUGGCUCGGACCCGUCGACCCCGACCGUCCCACCUGAGCUGUCCGAGGAGAGGCUUCUCGAGCCAGACGCGUUCGCUGCCUUUGGUCCUCGCCUCGUCGACAUCCUCUUCGACACAGACAGGAUUCUUGACAAGGACGAAAUACCGGCGGGGUCGUUGACAACGAACGGACACCGAGUUCGUCUACGAGUCUUGAACGUGUCGAGCGUGGCAUCGACAGAGCGUAACAAGUCGUGGUACAACAAUCCCGACGUCUCGAUGGGCUCCGCGCUCGACCGAACGGUGGCCAAAGCCCGGCUGUGGCUCCGCUUCCAAACAAAAGGCAAGAAGGGCCCGCGAGUGGUCAAGCACGACUUGGAGCACUAUGUCGACGGCAUCAAGCACGUGUUCCGCUUAUCGUAUGCUCGACCGGGAUCCGCCGAGAAGCCGAGCCGAAUUGACGAGUUGGAACGCAAGCUCCGAGAACGCGCGGUGGCGGCCGCUCCCAUCCCUCUCGAUCCCAUUGAGCGCGAAGCCGUGCGAGUCGAGUACGUGUCCUGGAAGCGAUUCCGAGACGUCCCCAUCAUCGACAGUCGCAUCUGCAUCCCAUCGAUACACAACCCCGAGGCACGUCGAGCGGUAUUGGGAAGGCUCCAAGAGCACUCGAACAAGAAAUUUGGCACCCAGGUGAGUCGAGUUUGCUCCCAUGUUCCUUGCGUCGGACGGAAGUCGGCAGGGUAGCAUUUUGGCUGACGAAUUCGCCUUUGUCCGUCGUCGAUUGGGAUGUGUUUGAUUCGGCAGCACGCCGUAGCCACGGAGGACCUCAUUGCGGUGUUUGAACAACGUGGCGACCUCUUCCGUGAUCUCUGGCGUGCUUUCGAGGAUUCGAUCGUCAUUUCGAUCGAUCUCGGUCACGCUCGGCCGGUCACUGCCGUCGCUCGUGUUUUCACGCACGACGAGACGGCGGCCUUCGAGACGUUCCGGUUCGGCAAAGAGGGGCUUGGAGCUAUCGCAGCGGAAGGCAAUCGCAAAGGUGCCCGUCAACGCGCGAACAAGACCCGUCGUAUCAACGAGGCCUUGCGUGCCAACAAGCUCGAGUGGUCCCCGCUUGCGGCAAAACUUGGGUUUCCCCUUCGACACACGCACGACGCGAUUUCGGUUUCAAGUACGCAACCAGAGGCGACUCUCACGGUUAUGUACCGACAAGCCGAACAAAUGGCCAAAGUGUUUGGUCUCGAGUGCAUGGGUGAGUUUGCGCUGGUAAAGUUUCUCCUUGCAAUCCAAGAAAAUCGGCUCGGGUGCUCGAGCUGGGUGGAGUCUGCUGACACCUACGCUAUACGACACCUGGCAGCCGCGGCUCGUCGACCCAACCACCUCGUUUCGUCUCCACCGACCCAUCCCGAGACAGCCACCUACAGUCAGCUACUCUCAAAGGGCUCGCGACCCGCCUUCCUCGUAGUCGGCAAUGGGUUCACAAGCCCUGGUCCCAAUCCGUCGGGCGUCUCCUACGCCAACAGUUGCUCCAAGAUCAUCUUUCGCUGCCUGCGGGCGCUUGGACUGGAGAGCAUUUACUUCUGUUCCGUCAGCGAGUAUUUGACCUCCAAGCUCUGCUGGCAUUCGGACUGUAGGGACACGGACGGAACGCGGAACUGGUGAGUCUGCCAUGAUUGAGACGUCUUGAUCACUUGCCGCGUCUUUUCUACCGCGUUCGGCCCUCAGCUCGGGUCACUGACACUCGCGCCGUGUUGUGAUUGGCCUCCGCAGGGUCGGUCUUGGCCAAAAAUCGAACGGAUCCACCUGUUUCCGCGUUGCCCUAGGCGGUGGGACCUGCGUCCACCUGCCUGCCGACCGGGACAUCAUGGGAGCGGGGAACUGCCUGAAUGCGUUCGAGCACGAGAUCCUAUGGGGCCGGCACCCCUUCUUCCGGUCGUCUCCCGCCGCUGUGCAAGCAUCGCAGGACCAGCAGUAAAGUCUUCAAUGGGGGGUAUAUGAUAGCAGUAAUUCGCUUGUAAUGUUCUGUGAAAGAGUAAGAGAUAGAGCCGCGCCAGUCGUGGCCUCCGGACAGGGUUCCCCAUUAGAUGUCCAGAUUAUAUUGGUCUUUUCGGCCUUUGCUGCAAGGAUUUGACGCGCCGAUUCAGGCUCGCGCGCACGGACCCUUUCUCCCCCGUGGAUGCUAUAGCUGUGCUUCCCACACACGCGGGCUCACGGGCGGUACUCGCAACGCACGUUCCCUUUUUGGGCCUUCACUGCAUUGUCGACGUUUCCCCCCCCGUGGAUGCUAUAGCUGUGCUUCCCACACGCGGGCUCACGGGCGGCACUCGCAACGCACGUCCCCUUUCGGGCCCUUCACUGCGUUGUCGACGUUUCCUCACCAGCUUCUGCAGCUGCGUUCACCACCUGUAGGGACAGGUGCGUUCCUCACUCCCAAGACUACCUCCCAGCUGACGAGGUCGCUGAUCAAGAGUUCCAUCUUGCCGGACGUUCACAGCUGCUAGCAGCUCGUUAUGAAACCCUCGACGUGGCUCGUUUAGAGUAGCUCGGGGUAAGUGCUUCGAUACACCCAAGCUUGUUGCACGGUGUACUUUGCACUUGGAUCCCUACAAAUUCUUUGUGGGGGCAUUUGCUCCGGGCCCUUGUUGGGCAACGAGCUAAAUCGCACAUCUCUCAGCAGACCCUUUGCCGUCCUUUGCACCAACCGCGCUCCAACUGUCUUUAUACAGUGUCUUGCCUUUGUCGCAAAGGUAUGCUGAGACGAUCAGUGGACUUGCUCCAUCAUCAGUUGCAGCCGACUGACAUCCAGAAGCUUGGGUCGCAAAGCUCCCAAUUGUCAUCCCGCCCACCAUCCCUGUGUAUCACCAAGAAGUUCGGACUCUCUUCCACGGUUUAGAUCAAUCUCUUGCGGUUUUCCCCAGAAGGCUGGGUUUUCACUGCUUGAGGUAUUUGUUUAACAACUCCUACACCAAUGUUCUCCUUCGUCUUGCUGCAACUCGAACCACUAUUCCGCUACGACUCGCGCGAGUGGUCAGGAGAGUCGAAUCUAUCUUAGCAUAUCUCGCUAAGAUAUAG